AUGUUCCUUUCGCCUCAACCUGCUUCCAAACCAGUUUCAAAACCAGCAACUCAAACUGCGAAACCAGCUCCAGCACAGAAACCAACUCCUGCUCCUCAACCAAAGCCUGCUCCAGCUCCAGCUCCAAAGCCAGUUGAACAACCAAAGCCUGCUCCAAAGCCAGUCGAACAACCAAAGCCUGCUCCAAAGCCAGUUGAACAACCAAAGCCUGCUCCAGAACCAGCUCCAAAGCCAGUUGAACAACCAAAGCCUGCUCCAGCUCCAGCACCAAAGCCAGUUGAACAACCAAAGCCUGCUCCAAAGCCAGUCGAACAACCAAAGCCUGCUCCAAAGCCAGUCGAACAACCAAAGCCAGCACCAAAGCCAGUCGAACAACCAAAGCCUGCUCCAGCUCCAGCUCCAAAGCCAGUUGAACAGCCAAAGCCUGCUCCAGAACCAGCACCAAAGCCAGUUGAACAACCAAAGCCUGUUCCAGCUCCAGCUCCAAAGCCAGUUGAACAGCCAAAGCCUGCUCCAGAACCAGCUCCAAAGCCAGUCGAACAACCAAAGCCUGCUCCAGAACCAGCUCCAAAGCCAGUUGAACAACCAAAGCCUGCUCCAGCUCCAGCUCCAAAGCCAGUUGAACAGCCAAAACCUGCUCCAAAGCCAGUCGAACAACCAAAGCCAGUCGAACAACCAAAGCCAGCACCAAAGCCUGCUCCAGCUCCAAAGCCAGUUGAACAACCAAAGCCUGCUCCAGCUCCAGCUCCAAAGCCAGUUGAACAACCAAAGCCUGCUCCAGAACCAGCUCCAAAGCCAGUUGAACAACCAAAGCCUGCUCCAGAACCAGCUCCAAAGCCAGUUGAACAACCAAAGCCAGCUCCAGCUCCAGCACCAAAGCCAGUUGAACAGCCAAAGCCUGCUCCAGAACCAGCUCCAAAGCCAGUUGAACAACCAAAGCCUGCUCCAGCUCCAGCUCCAAAGCCAGUUGAACAACCAAAGCCUGCUCCAGCUCCAAAGCCAGUUGAACAACCAAAGCCUGCUCCAGCUCCAGCACCAAAGCCAGUUGAACAACCAAAGCCUGCUCCAGCUCCAGCUCCAAAGCCAGUCGAACAACCAGAACCAGCUCCAGCUCCAGCUCCAAAGCCAGUCGAACAACCAGCUCCAGCACCAAAGCCAGUUGAACAGCCAAAGCCUGCUCCAGCUCCAGCUCCAGCUCCAAAGCCAGUUGAACAACCAAAGCCUGCUCCAGAACCAGCUCCAAAGCCAGUUGAACAACCAAAGCCUGCUCCAGCUCCAGCUCCAAAGCCAGUCGAACAACCAGCUCCAGCACCAAAGCCAGUUGAACAACCAAAGCCUGCUCCAGCUCCAGCACCAAAGCCAGUUGAACAACCAAAGCCUGCUCCAGCUCCAGCACCAAAGCCAGUUGAACAACCAAAGCCUGCUCCAGAACCAGCUCCAAAGCCAGUUGAACAACCAAAGCCUGCUCCAGCUCCAGCUCCAAAGCCAGUUGAACAACCAAAGCCAGUUGAACAACCAAAGCCAGUUGAACAACCAAAGCCUGCUCCAGCUCCAGCUCCAAAGCCAGUCGAACAACCAGCUCCAGCUUCAAAGCCAGUUGAACAACCAAAGCCUGCUCCAGCUCCAGCACCAAAGCCAGUCGAACAACCAGAACCAGCACCAAAGCCAGUUGAACAGCCAAAGCCUGCUCCAGCUCCAGCUCCAGCUCCAAAGCCAGUUGAACAACCAAAGCCUGCUCCAGCUCCAGCACCAAAGCCAGUCGAACAACCAGCUCCAGCACCAAAGCCAGUUGAACAGCCAAAGCCUGCUCCAGCUCCAGCUCCAAAGCCAGUUGAACAACCAAAGCCUGCUCCAGCUCCAGCUCCAGCUCCAAAGCCAGUCGAACAACCAGCUCCAGCUCCAAAGCCAGUUGAACAACCAAAGCCUGCUCCAGCUCCAGCACCAAAGCCAGUUGAACAACCAAAGCCUGCUCCAGAACCAGCUCCAAAGCCAGUUGAACAGCCAAAGCCUGCUCCAGCUCCAGCUCCAGCUCCAAAGCCAGUUGAACAACCAAAGCCUGCUCCAGCUCCAGCUCCAAAGCCAGUCGAACAACCAGCUCCAGCACCAAAGCCAGUUGAACAACCAAAGCCUGCUCCAGCUCCAGCACCAAAGCCAGUUGAACAACCAAAGCCUGCUCCAGCUCCAGCACCAAAGCCAGUUGAACAACCAAAGCCUGCUCCAGAACCAGCUCCAAAGCCAGUUGAACAACCAAAGCCUGCUCCAGCUCCAGCUCCAAAGCCAGUUGAACAACCAAAGCCAGUUGAACAACCAAAGCCAGUUGAACAACCAAAGCCUGCUCCAGCUCCAGCUCCAAAGCCAGUCGAACAACCAGAACCAGCUCCAGCUCCAGCUUCAAAGCCAGUUGAACAGCCAAAGCCUGCUCCAGCUCCAGCUCCAAAGCCAGUUGAACAACCAAAGCCUGCUCCAGAACCAGCUCCAAAGCCAGUUGAACAACCAAAGCCAGCUCCAGCUCCAGCUCCAAAGUCAGUCGAACAACCAGCUCCAGCUCCAAAGCCAGUUGAACAACCAAAGCCUGCUCCAGCUCCAGCUCCAAAGCCAGUUGAACAACCAAAGCCUGCUCCAGCUCCAGCACCAAAGCCAGUUGAACAACCAAAGCCUGCUCCAGAACCAGCUCCAAAGCCAGUUGAACAACCAAAGCCUGCUCCAGCUCCAGCUCCAAAGCCAGUUGAACAACCAAAGCCUGCUCCAGAACCAGCUCCAAAGCCAGUUGAACAACCAAAGCCAGCUCCAGCUCCAGCUCCAAAGUCAGUCGAACAACCAGCUCCAGCUCCAAAGCCAGUUGAACAACCAAAGCCUGCUCCAGCUCCAGCACCAAAGCCAGUUGAACAACCAAAGCCUGCUCCAGCUCCAGCACCAAAGCCAGUUGAACAACCAAAACCUGCUCCAGAACCAGUUAAGCCUGUUGAAGCUUCGAAACCAGCACCUGUUCCAGAGCCUAAGAAGGAAGAACCAAAGCCAGAGCCAAUUAAAGAGGAAUCGAAGAAGUUAGAUAUGUCAAAGUUCACUCCUAAAGAAGAAGAGAAACCAGCACCAGCACCACAGGAGCCAGUUAAGAAACUUGAUAUGUCCAAGUUCAAUACUAAGCCAGAAGAGGAGCCUAAACCAGCUGCAGCACAGGAACCAAUCAAGAAACUCGAUGUUUCUAGAUUCAACCAGCCACAGCAAGAAGAACAGAAACCAGCUCCACAGGCAGAACCAGUCAAGAAACUCGACAUGUCCAAGUUCAAUACUCCACAGCAGGAAGAACCAAAGACGGCAGCAACUCAGGAGCCAAUCAAGAAACUCGACACAUCAAGAUUCAACCAACCACAGCAGGAAGAACCAAAGACGGCAGCAACUCAGGAGCCAGUUAAGAAACUUGAUAUGUCCAAGUUCAAUUCUCCACAGCAAGAAGAACAGAAAACAGCUCCACAGGCAGAACCAGUCAAGAAACUCGACACAUCAAGAUUCAACCAACCACAGCAGGAAGAACCAAAGACGGCAGCAACUCAGGAACCAGUCAAGAAACUUGAUAUGUCCAAGUUCAAUUCUCCACAGCAAGAAGAACAGAAACCAGCUCCACAGGCAGAACCAGUCAAGAAACUCGACACAUCAAGAUUCAACCAGCCACAGCAGGAAGAGCCAAAGGUAGCUCCACAAGCAGAGCCAGUCAAGAAGCUUGAUAUGUCUAGAUUCAACAACCAACAGCAGGAAGAGCAGAAACCAGCUGCAGCACAGGAACCAAUCAAGAAACUCGAUGCUUCUAGAUUCAACCAGCCACAGCAGGAAGAGCAGAAACCAGUUCAGCAGGAACCAGUCAAGAAACUUGACAUGUCCAAGUUCAAUACUCCACAGCAGGAAGAACCAAAGACGGCAGCAACUCAGGAGCCAAUCAAGAAACUUGAUAUGUCCAAGUUCAAUUCUCCACAGCAAGAAGAACAGAAACCAGCUCCACAGGCAGAACCAGUCAAGAAACUCGACACAUCAAGAUUCAACCAGCCACAGCAGGAAGAGCCAAAGGUAGCUCCACAAGCAGAGCCAGUCAAGAAGCUUGAUAUGUCUAGAUUCAACAACCAACAGCAGGAAGAGCAGAAACCAGCUGCAGCACAGGAACCAAUCAAGAAACUCGAUGCUUCUAGAUUCAACCAGCCACAGCAGGAAGAGCAGAAACCAGUUCAGCAGGAACCAGUCAAGAAACUUGACAUGUCCAAGUUCAAUACUCCACAGCAGGAAGAACCAAAGACGGCAGCAACUCAGGAGCCAAUCAAGAAACUCGACACAUCAAGAUUCAACCAACCACAGCAGGAAGAACCAAAGACGGCAGCAACUCAGGAACCAGUCAAGAAACUUGAUAUGUCCAAGUUCAAUUCUCCACAGCAAGAAGAACAGAAACCAGCUCCACAGGCAGAACCAGUCAAGAAACUCGACACAUCAAGAUUCAACCAGCCACAGCAGGAAGAGCCAAAGGUAGCUCCACAAGCAGAGCCAGUCAAGAAGCUUGAUAUGUCUAGAUUCAACAACCAACAGCAGGAAGAGCAGAAACCAGCUGCAGCACAGGAACCAAUCAAGAAACUCGAUGCUUCUAGAUUCAACCAGCCACAGCAGGAAGAGCAGAAACCAGUUCAGCAGGAACCAGUCAAGAAACUUGACAUGUCCAAGUUCAAUACUCCACAGCAGGAAGAACCAAAGACGGCAGCAACUCAGGAGCCAAUCAAGAAACUCGACACAUCAAGAUUCAACCAACCACAGCAGGAAGAACCAAAGACGGCAGCAACUCAGGAACCAGUCAAGAAACUUGAUAUGUCCAAGUUCAAUUCUCCACAGCAAGAAGAACAGAAACCAGCUCCACAGGCAGAACCAGUCAAGAAACUCGACACAUCAAGAUUCAACCAGCCACAGCAGGAAGAGCCAAAGGUAGCUCCACAAGCAGAGCCAGUCAAGAAGCUUGAUAUGUCUAGAUUCAACAACCAACAGCAGGAAGAGCAGAAACCAGCUGCAGCACAGGAACCAGUCAAGAAACUCGAUGCUUCUAGAUUCAACCAGCCACAGCAGGAAGAGCAGAAACCAGCUGCAGCACAGGAACCAGUCAAGAAACUCGACACAUCAAGAUUUGCACAGCAACAAAACCAGCCAGAGACAAAGCCAGCAGCACAGGAACCAGUCAAGAAACUCGACACAUCAAGAUUUGCACAGCAACAAAACCAGCCAGAGACAAAGCCAGCAGCACAGGAACCAGUCAAGAAACUCGACACAUCAAGAUUUGCACAGCAACAAAACCAGCCAGAGACAAAGCCAGCAGCACAGGAACCAGUCAAGAAACUCGACACAUCAAGAUUUGCACAGCAACAAAACCAGCCAGAGACAAAGCCAGCAGCACAAAAACCAUUCAAGAAACUCGACACAUCAAGAUUUGCACAGCAACAAAACCAGCCAGAGACAAAGCCAGCAGCACAAAAACCAUUCAAGAAACUCGACACAUCAAGAUUUGCACAGCAACAAAACCAGCCAGAGACAAAGCCAGCAGCACAAAAACCAUUCAAGAAACUCGACAUGUCAAAGUUCAAUUCUCCACAGCAGGAAGAGCCCAAAGAAAGUCCAAGGGAUGGACAAGGCUCUCCAAGAAAGAAACUCAACUUAUCAGCCGAGUUCAUGAACAAGAUUGCUUCUGGAUAUGGCGGCGGCUCAGCUAAACAGGAGGAGAAGAAGAACAAACCACCUGCACCACCUCCAAAGAAGUUAGUCAUUCCAGCAGGUUUGGCCGAUGCUUUGACAGCAGGACCAGCUCCAUCAGCACCGACAUCAUCAGAACCAGCUCCUCCACCCGCAGAAGUCUCUGCAUCAGCUCCACCACCACCACCACCGCCCCCACCACCAGGAACACCUCUUCCACCACCUCCACCUGCUGCUGGUGGCGCUCCACCACCACCUCCAUCAGGAUUGCCACCUCCUCCAGCUGGUGGAAGUGCUCCAAAGCCUCCGGGCGGAUUGAUCAAGCCAACGGAUGACGCUCUCCAGGCAAUGAUAGCGAAGAUGAAGAAGAAGGCAAAGACGAACCCUGUCAAGCCAAAGGAGUCAAGCAACACUUUCGCUGGUGCUGUUGGCGGAGCUCCAGGUGCUCCUGCAGCUGUGGAAGUUCAACGUCCAAGAAGACCACCUCCAGGCCGUGGUCCUGAUUUGGUUGGAGCAUUACAGGCGGCAUUUGCAAAGAGGAAGAAACAAUAA